AUGCGAAUCGCCAAUAUCUUAGCAGCCGGCCUUGCCGUCAUCGGAGCCACCCAAGCCUGCGAAACCGACGAAGACUGCAGUUUAAAUGGCGUCUGUAGCCGGAAGCCGACAAAGAGCUUUGCAAGCAAGCCCAAGCCUGGGGCCUGCAAAUGCGAUCCGGGCUGGUUUGGUGAUGACUGUGGCAGGUUGGAUCUUGCCCCUGCCACCCCAAUAAACGGCUACAACCAAACCGACGCCGUCGACCCCCUUCACUUUGGUCCGUACGGAAAUUCAUCCUGGGGUGGGCAGAUCUUACAGGAUCCACAGGACCACAAACUGUUCCAUCUCGUCGCCUCGCAAUUCGCCGAUGGGUGUGGAUUGACUGGCUGGAGACCGAGUUCUUAUAUUAUGCGUGCGGAAUCUAGGACCGGGCCGCAGGGGCCAUAUCACUAUGCAGAUGAGGUUACCAAAAGCUUCCGCCAUAACCCGUCCGUCAUUUGGAGUCCCACGGAUCAGAAAUAUCUCCUAUACACCAUUGGUGUUGACGCCCCGAAAGCCGAGAAAUGCCAAAGUCUUACGUACAAACAAUGGCCGAAUAAUAUCUCCGUCUCAAGCGCACACAGCAUCAAAGGACCUUGGACCCCUCACAAAAUGAUUCUGAAUUCCCUCGAACCACAGUCAACAAACCCAGCGCCUUGGCCACUCUGGACACGCAAAAACCCUACCAGAGAGAUUGCCCUGGGAGUUGAAGAUAACGCAAUUUUCAAAUCUGACAAAUGGGAUGGUGAAUACAAGCUGAUCCACACUCAAACGUGGAACACGACCGAAUGGAGCCCAACUUGGACCGAGGACACGUUUCUCUGGCGUGAUAAGCGCGGAAACUGGCAUGCACUUGAUCACUGGAUGAUUGACCUCGUGGAACAUAACGGGCAGCAGUGGCCAAGGGUCGGGGCACAUGUCUAUGCAAGGGAAUUAACAGGGCCGUGGCAUUUCAAGCAACAGGAAGCGUAUAACUCAACGAUUACCUUUACAGAUGGAUCCGUUCGGACCCUGCGACGUCGAGAGAGACCGAAGAUUUUCUUUAGUGAUGAUGGGGAGUUGACGCCUCUUUAUCUCACUUCUGGGGUGACGGAGAUGGGUCAAGGCUCGCGGAGCUCGACCUUUAUUCAGCCAAUUGGGAACAAGUGGAAGAAGUAUGAGAAGAAAUUGGGCUUCCAGUGAUUGUGGUGGAAAUUUGGUUUGUGUCGUUGCUAUUAAUUUUGGCCAUGGGCUGUUGGAUGGCUUCACGGUUUUUGGAUCGGCACAACGGAACAGUG